AUGAAGUUCACCGGAUUCGCUGCUUCUCUCGCCCUUGUCGGCUUUGUUUCUGCUGCCGCCCUCCCUAAAGUCCCCGGACUCGAUGGCGCCGUUGAGGGUAUGGAGGGGGCAGCUAAGGGAACUCUUGGGGCCCUUACCCACGGUGCCAAGCGCCAACUUGAUGCUCUCUACCCUAUUCCUAAGGCUGUUGGCAGCUCCCUAGACGGUGUUACUGGUACCACUGGAAGCGCUGUUGGUACUGCUGAGUCCACCGUCGGUGGUGCUGCCGGUACUGCUGAGAACGCUGUAACCAACACCGCUGGAGCCGUGAAGCGUCAGUUGGAUGCUCUGUAUCCCGCUACUGAAGGCACCGGUAGCACUCUGAACGGUGCUACUGGGAUCGUCGGCAAUGCUGUCGGAAGCGGUGGACGCACCGUCGCUGGUGCUGCUGGUACUGUUGAGAAUGUCGGCGCUAAUACCCUUGGUGCUGUCAAGGCUCGCCAACUCGAAACUUUAUAUCCCGUCACUGAGGCUACCGGUAGCAGCUUGAACGGUGCUACUGGUCUCACUGGUAGCGCCGUCGGCACUGCUGAGUCAACUGUUGGUGGUGUUGCUGGCACCGCUGAGAACGUUGUUACUAACACUCGCAUGCUAACUUAUUCUGCAGAUCUGAAGGCUCGUCAGCUCGCCGCUCUCUAUCCCGUCACCGAAGCCACUGGCAGCAGCCUGAACGGUGCUACUGGUCUUGUUGGCAGCGCCGUUGGUACUGGUGAAUCCACCGCUGGAGGCGUUGCGGGCACUGUCGAGGACGUUGUUGCCAACACUGCUGGCGGCCUCAAAGCUCGUCAGCUUGGAAACAUGCCCGCCACCCUUGACCAGACCAUCUCUUUCGCUCUGAUCGGUCUUUCUGGAAACCCCACCGGCCUCUAUGGUGCCCUGAACAACCUGCGCACCAUCGUUAACGCCGGCGAUAUCUCUCAUGAGAGCCUCACCAACAUGCCUCAGGCCGUCCAGGACGUCAUCGCCCACCUUGCUACCGCCUAA